CUUCGGUCACUGAGAGACGCCCUGGAAAGUCUGUGGCGGCCUCUGUCACACUGGGACCCCCCACUGGCAGCGGGAAGCAGAGGGACGACCCUGGAACAUCCUGGAAGCCGGGAAAUGGACACAGUGGCCUUUGAGGAUGUGGCUGUGAACUUCACCCAGGAGGAAUGGGCUUUGCUGGGUCCAUCACAGAAGAAUUUGUACAGAUAUGUGAUGCAAGAAACCAUCAGGAACCUGGACUGUAUAAGAAAGAUAUGGGAAGGCCAGAAUACUGAAGAUCAGAACAAAAAUCCUAGGAGAAAUCUAAGAUGUCAUAUGGUAGAGAGAUUCAGUGAAAGUAAAGACAGUAGUCAAUGUGGAGAACCAUUUAGCCUGAUUCGAGGUAGUAUUGUGAACAACAGCAUUUGUCCUGGAGAAGAUCCAUGUCAAAGCACUGAGUGUGAAGAAGUCAUAAUGGGUCAUUUAUCCCUUAAUAGCCACAUCAGAGUUGAUGCUGGAUACAAACCAUGUGAGUAUCAGGAAUAUGGCGAGAAGCCACAUACACAUAAACAACGUGGGAAAGCCUUCAGUUAUCACCACUCCUUUCAGUCACGUGGAAGGCCUCACACUGGAAAGAAACGCUAUGAGUGUAAGGAAUGUGGAAAAACCUUCAGUUCUCGUAGAAACCUUCGAAGACACAUGGUAGUGCAAGGUGGAAACAGACCUUAUAAAUGUAAGUUGUGUGGGAAAGCUUUUUUUUGGCCUAGUUUAUUGCGUAUGCAUGAAAGAACGCACACUGGAGAGAAACCGUAUGAAUGUAAGCACUGUUCUAAAGCCUUUCCUUUUUACAGUUCCUAUCUAAGACAUGAGAGAAUGCACACUGGGGAGAAACCGUAUGAAUGUAAGCAGUGUUCUAAGGCCUUGCCUGAUUCCAGUUCCUAUAUAAGACAUGAAAGAACUCACACUGGAGAGAAACCCUAUACAUGUAAACAAUGUGGGAAAGCCUUCAGUGUUUCCAGUUCCCUUCGAAGACAUGAAACCACUCACAGUGCAGAGAAACCCUAUGAGUGUAAGCAAUGCGGGAAAGCAUUUCAUCAUCUUGGAAGCUUUCAAAUACACAUGAAAAGGCACACUGGAGAUCGACCUCAUAAAUGUAAGAUAUGUGGGAAAGGCUUUGAUCGUCCCAGUUUAGUUCGAUAUCAUGAACGAAUUCACACUGGAGAGAAACCCUAUGAAUGCAAGCAGUGUGGGAAAGCGUUAUCUCAUAGCUCAAGCUUUCGAAGACACAUGAUAAUGCACACUGGAGGUGGACCUCAUAAAUGCAAGGUAUGUGGGAAAGCCUUUGUUUAUCCCAGUGUAUGUCAAAGACAUGAAAAGUCUCACACAGGAGAGAAACCCUAUGAAUGCAAGCAGUGUGGGAAAGCAUUAUCUCAUAGCUCAAGCUUUCGAAGACAUAUGGUAAUGCAUACGGGAGAUGGGCCGAAUAAAUGCAAGGUAUGUGGGAAAGCCUUUGUUUAUCCCAGUGUAUGUCAAAGACAUGAAAAGACUCACUGGAGAGAAACAAUAUGAAUGUAAACAAUGAUAAAGUCUUCUAUAUUUCCAGUUCCCUUUGACAUCAUGAAUAAACUUACACUGGACAGAAACCCUAUAAAUGUAAAUGUG